CUUGUUUGAGCUUUUCAGCGUGUGUGGCCAUCGAAAGUAAAUUGAGAAAAAAUGGCUCCAUCGUCUUCUUCAUUUGCGAGGCCUUUGGCAGUGCAGCUCAAAUUGGUUGGGAAUGGCCUCCUCAAUGCCCCUUCUUGUGUUGACGAGCUUCUCGCUCUUCUCAAUGAUGCUGAGGAUCUGUUAGCUAACGUAGAUCAAGGACAAUCAAUCCCUCGCCUAGAUUCCCUUCUUCCAGUCAUGAAGGCACUAAUUGCUGAUUCUCUUUUGAAACAUUCUGUUGAGGGUGUCAGAGUAUCUGUGGCAUAUUGCCUCAGUGAAAUUAUGAGGAUAAGUGCGCCUGAAGAACCGUACAAUGAUGACCAGAUGAAGGUGAUUUUUGAGUUAAUUGUGGAGUCAUUUUCGAAGUUAUCUCAGGCAUCCACGCAAUUUUAUGAGAAGGCCCUCUCCAUACUUGAGACUGUUGCACGGGUCAAAGCAUGCCUUCUUAUGCUUGACCUUAAAUGCGACACACUAGUUGUCCAGAUGUUUCAAAAUUUCUGGGCAUUCAUUAGGUCAGAUCCCACAGAUGAUGUAUUGUGGGCUGUGGAGCAAAUCAUGACGGACAUACUCAGUGAAAGUGAGGAUAUCUCCUUGGGGCUUCUCAGUCCUCUUCUUGCUAGUGUUCUAAAAGAAAAUAAGUAUGUCGCUCCUUCGUGUUGGAAGCUCGGGGAGAGGGUCAUCUCCCGCUGUGCGGCUAAGCUUGGACCAGUUAUUCUUGGAGCAAUACAAUCCAAUGGCACUACGGUGGAUGAUUACUCUCCUGUUGUGGCUUCUAUAUGUGAAAAUGAACCUACAACUGUGGAGAAUAAUCAUGCUAAUGGUUCUUCACAACCAGUGUCUUUCACUCAGGUGGCUAAUGGAGUCGUGGAUUCCCCUGGAGAAGUUGUUCCUGAUCUGGAUAGUGCUUCUGGAUCGAACUCGAGUGAUGCUGCUGCCCUUCUUUUCCCCAAUGCUGUUGUUCCUGUUGAGGCUGAUUCUGCAGAUUCCAAGAGUUCAACCAAUCUGGAAAAGUUCAACCAAGCUGGAAAUUGACUUACAGUGUGGCAUCCCGAACUUUCGACAUUAGUCAAUAAUAUUUAGGAUAUUAAGAGAAUAAAUAAUUACCCAGAUUUUUGGAUGAUGUUGUGAAUUGUAGCGUGCGGAAGUUUUGAAAUAUAUUUUUACUGUCCUUGUUUUUGUCAAUGCGACUCAUUAGGUUAUAAUACAUAUAUUUUUGCUAA